GUCAUGGAGGUUAGCCCGCGGCGCCGCGCCAAUGCAAUUUUUGCCGAACAUAAAGAGCAACCAAGAAAGAGAGAAAUAAGGUGUACACGCAGCAUAACGCCUAAACGGGCUGAAGAGCAACACAACACAACACACCACACAUGCAUACACACACGCACAUGCCAUACACGGAAAAGCGGAAAGGUACAUCAAGUAAAUUAUAAAACGUUGUAUGGGGUUAAGGGCGCCCUUCUCAUGGGCUGUGCACUUCAACAGAGUCAGAUCAAAAAAAGAUCAAUCAUCAAUGACAAAUCAGACCUUAUUCAAGCAAACCUCUCUUUCUUCUUGACAACCACUUCUAACUCUUUCUUAUCUCGACGUUUGUAUACGUAUUUCUACGUGUGCAUGUCAAUUCUCCACUUUAAGCCUUUCUCAUUAACAAGAUAGGCUCUUCUUUCCAUUCUUCACCAACCUUGCAAACCCUUCUUGUGAAUCAUGUCGGGUCCUGUAGCAAAUGGAGCCGCAAACGCUCCAGCAGGCUUGAACAAUUUGGCAAGCUUGAAAACAUCUUUGAUGACUCCUCCUUCAGGUGCAGGCACGCCAAAUCGUCCUCAUACGCCUGCUGUUGCCAAUAAUGCUGGUUAUACAGAACCUGUUUUUGAAGGAAAAGCAGAACAAGCAAAUCAAGUAAAAGCAAUGCUUCGUGAACGAGGCUUUUUACCUCCUGAUCUAUCCGAUAGCGAAGUUGAUUGGUUUUAUGAAAAUUUAGGUAUUUCUGAUACUUAUUUCGCUCUCGAAACCCCAAAGACAAUUUGUGAUCACAUUUUGGCUUUGUAUGGUGCAAAGAUUAUGGCCUACACAAAGCAUUCAAACACACUUGAAAUCGAUUUGGAACAUGCAACCGAAGAUGGUGCAGUUUUCAUUCAUUCCAGUGCACCGGGUGUCAGUCAACAAGAAGGUCCUCAAUGGGAAAAGAAGAUCGAUCAAAAUUACUUGGACAAGUCUACCGCUGCAUCUGCUUAUCGCUUGGAAACGUAUCGUGCUGCUGGCUCUGUUUCAGCUCAAUCUACCCAACGUCUUCGUUGUUACUUCGUAUCAAAGUGUCAUUUCAAUGAGCCCGCUCCUUUGCCUGGUACUCCCGAAUACGGAGAUAUUCGUCAUGUGAGCGACAAGACUUUCUUGUCUAAAGCUUCUGACAACACCUUGGCUAUCUAUCAAGAAAUGAUGGAUCAAGUUUUGCAAAGACAGGGCCCUGUGAUUGAAAUGUUUGAAGUUGAAGGCAGUCGUGAACAUCGUAUCGUGAUCGGUUACCGCAUGGAAACAACUACAAGUUAUUUCAGCGCUCUUUCAGAUCUUUACCACUUCUAUGGUCUCUUCUCCUCGAGAAAGUAUGUUGAACAAUUCAGUAACAAUGUUACAAUCAUUUCAAUCUACUUGAACCCAAUGCCAAGCUCAAGCAGUCCACCGAUCGAGCACAGCAUCUGGCAAAUCAUCAAAGAAGCAAGUUUGCUUUACGUCUUGCCUGACAAUCCAUUCUUCCAACCAAGCGAAGGAGAGCAUGGACAUGCAGUACAAGAAGCUACAUAUGCUUAUGUCGGAUGGAUGUUUGCACAACACUUCUGCAAUCGUUUGGGUCAGGCUUAUCAAGCUUUACGUAAUGUUUUGGAUGAAUCAGAUGCCGCUCAAGCUUCAAUUUUGAACGAUAUUAAACAAAGAUUACGUGAGGAAACCUUCACACGUCAAUCUAUCCAAGAGGUUAUCCAAUCUUACCCAGACCUGGUUCGUUUGUUGUAUGUGCAUUUCGCAAACGUUCAUUAUCCAGGAGGUGGCUCACAAGACCAUGAAUUGGUUCCAACGCUAAGUUAUCAAAGAUUGGUAAAGGGUGAAGUUUUGACAGAUCAACAAAUGUACGAAAGGAUUCGCAAGGUUGUGACGAACAAAUAUGAACGUCAAGUUUUGGAAGCUUUACUAUUUUUCAACAAAGCUGUUUUGAAGACCAACUUCUAUACACCAACAAAGGUUGCCCUAAGUUUCCGCUUAGAUCCAAACUUCUUGCCUGAUGUGGAAUACCCAUUGAAGCCAUACGGAAUCAUCUUUGUUGUCGGAUCGGAGUUCCGUGGUUUCCACGUUCGAUUCCGUGAUGUUGCCCGAGGUGGUAUUCGUAUCAUUCGCAGUCGUAACAGAGAAGCAUAUUCUGUCAAUCAACGUUCUUUGUUUGACGAAAAUUAUGCUUUGGCAAGUACGCAACAUUUGAAGAACAAGGAUAUCCCAGAAGGUGGUUCAAAAGGAACAAUCUUGCCUACAUUAGAUGCAGACCCUAAGAUCGCAUUUGAAAAGUACGUUGAUGCUAUCAUUGAUAUUUUACUCAAAGGUCAAACACCCGGUGUUAAAGAAGAGAUUGUUGAUUUGCUCGGAAAGGAAGAAAUUCUCUUCUUGGGUCCUGAUGAAGGUACGGCAAAUUACAUGGACUGGGCUGCAGAACAUGCAAGAGCUCGUGGAGCACCUUGGUGGAAAUCCUUCACUACCGGAAAGACUGCUGCUACGUUGGGAGGUGUUCCACACGAUACUUGGGGUAUGACAUCCUUGUCUGUACGUCAAUAUGAAGUGGGCAUUUAUCGUAAAUUAGGAUUAUCCGAACAAGAAAUUACCAAAGUACAAACUGGUGGACCGGAUGGAGAUUUGGGAUCGAAUGAAAUCUUACUCUCAAAGGAUAAGACUGUUGCUAUCAUCGAUGGUUCAGGUGUUCUACACGACCCCAUUGGUAUUGAUCGUACAGAGCUCAUCCGUCUUGCAAAAGCACGCAAGAUGAUCUCUGACUUUGAUGCCAGCAAAUUAUCACCACAAGGUUAUCGUGUUCUGGUAGAAGAUCAUGACAUCAAGCUGCCAUCCGGUGAAGUGGUGCCCGAAGGUGUCACAUUCCGCAAUUCGGCACAUUUGAUCUUCAAGGCAGACAUGUUUGUCCCUUGCGGUGGAAGACCUGAAUCGAUCAAUAUCAGUAAUGUGAACAAACUGUUUGAUGCAGAUGGCAAAUGUCAUUUCAAGUAUAUCGUUGAAGGAGCAAAUUUGUUCAUCACCAAACAAGCAAGAAUAGAAUUGGAACGUAGAGGUGCGGUCUUGUACCCUGAUGCAAGUGCAAACAAAGGUGGUGUUACAAGUAGUAGUUUGGAAGUUUUGUGUGGUUUGAGCUUGUCCGAUGAAGAAUAUACGAGCAAGAUGACAUUCCCGAACAGCAAGCCACCACGCUUCUAUCUGUCUUAUGUUGCUGAUAUCCAAAACAUCAUCUGUGCCAAUGCCGCCAAAGAAUUUGAAGCAAUUUGGGCCGAGCAUCAAAAGUCGGGCAAGCCAAGAUCUGUAUUGUCAACCGAAUUAAGUCAAUCUUUGAACAGAUUGUCAGAAGAAUUAGAAGCAACAGAUUUGUUCGAUCAACCACAAGUACGAAGAGCUGUUCUUUCUCAUGUAUUCCCGCAAACGUUACAAGAAGCUGUUGGAUUAGAUACUUUGAUUCAACGUGUUCCUCGCAAUUAUGCUCAAAGUGCAUUUGCUGCUUUCUUGGCCGCUGACUUUAUCUACAAGAAUGGACCUGAUGCAAGUGCUGUUGCGUUCUACAAGCACGUCAAUGCACUGGAACAUGGUCAUCGUACUUGAUAUGCCACUUUUCAAUCUUUUCUGUUUCUUGGACGAAAUUGAUCGGCCUAGAAACAAGAUCAUAUUUAAUACUUUUCCAUUGAUGUUGUACCCAUAAUAAGGUGAAUCCUGAAAGACGUGUAAAAAAGCUCGAGAGUGUGAUGUGUGAGAUAUGCAUUCAGUCAUUAGAUUAUAC